ACACUGCACAAGGCAUGUUUCAAUUGUUAAUCCGCAGUCACACUGGUCGCGUCGUUUGGAGAAAUCGUGAAAGGAUAUGUCUCCGUGUUUAGCUAAAUAAAAUACAUAAAAAAUAUGUGCAGUCCUGAGAAGCAUAGCCAUUGAGCGUAGACUAGUGGAGCAGCUCAUGCUGCGGCAGAAACAACAAAUUUACAACCAAACGCUGUAAAGUUUGUCGCGCAUAAGCGGAAUAAACAUAUAAUAAUAGACCAGCUACCAACACAAACAAACACACACGGCCCGAAGUUCGUUGGCGUUGAAAAGGAAAAAUAACUAAAAAAAAAAGAAAGAAAGGAAAAUAACAGUGCAAUAGAUUCGGUUUACAUUGUGCAAAAAAUCGAAGUAGCCCCUGCCAACAGGGUCGCUAAAAAUAAAGACGGCGACAGCCUCUGUUUAUCGCUGGGAAUAAACAAAUAUAUGGCCAACGGAGGAGAAUCAUAACAAAGGCGCAAGACUAGCCAGCAUAAAAGACAAAGGAGCUCCCUGCUCCCGCCCCCACCCCUUUUUGGGGUUGAAAACCCCCCUUUGCAUUGCGGAGCAGCAUCGCACCGACUAUGAGAUACCCUGCAAUCUAGCUUAUAGUGCUAUAGCGAGUUACGAACGAAAUGCCUUGCGACAACGCCAAAACCUCUUCGGAUAUCGAGCAUGUGGAUUGGAAUUCCGGCCAGCACUAUGCAAAUGUCAGAUUCGGUUCGGGCAGCAGCCAGGCAUCGCAGAACAGCGGCGACAUCUGCCGCAUCUGCCACUGCGAGAGUGAUCCGCAGAACCCGCUGCUCACGCCGUGCUACUGCUCCGGAAGUCUGAAGUACGUGCACCAGGCCUGCUUGCAGCAGUGGCUCACCGCCUCCGAGACCAACUCCUGCGAGCUCUGCAAGUUCCCCUUCAUCAUGCACACCAAGAUCAAGCCCUUCAACGAGUGGCGCAGCCUUGACAUCUCCGGCAUUGAAAGGCGGCGGCUGUGCUGCUCCGUGCUGUUCCACUGUGCCGCUGCCUUGUGCGUCAUCUGGUCCCUGUGUGUGCUCAUCGAGCGGGCCGCCGACGAUGUCCAGCGUGGCAUAAUAGACUGGCCGUUCUGGACAAAGCUAGCCGUCGUUACUGUGGGCCUUACCGGCGGAAUAGUCUUCAUGUAUAUCCAGUGCAAGGCAUAUCUUCACCUCUGCCACCGUUGGAAAGCACGCAACAGAAUUCUACUGAUUCAGAAUGCGCCGGAAAAGAUACAUCCUGUUUCCCCUCCAUCCCCGGUAGCCGCCCAUCAUCAGCACUUUAGUGAGCCACUGGCACAUGCCGGUUCGACGAGUGGAGCUGUGGAAAUCAAUGCAAGUGGUGCGGCCGGAGGAUACUGUGGCCACGAGGCGAGCUGUGCAUCUAUGGAUAAUGGAGGCGGCGGUGCUGAAAUGGGUCUACAUCAGCAAAUGCAGCGCCUCCUAAACGCCUCGCCACAUCAUAUGAUCCAAAUGGCCGCCGAGCUAGAGGUGCCACACAGCAGCAGCAGUGCCUGCACGCAGACAGAGGACGGACAUGGCCACCAGCGGCACCAGCAGAUGCAGCAGAGCGGUCAGCAAUUGGGCCAAGUGGCGGUGGCCGCCAACAUCGAGUGCUCGCAGUCCCAGCACAAUUACGAUCGCGACUGGGCGCUCGAUGAUGUUGUCUCGCAGAUCUCCUCAUUCCGGCCCUGCCCUCAGGGAUCGGGCAGCAUGACGCCCUUCCACGACUCCAUACACAACGUGCUGGAGCACUCGGAAGGUUCUAGUCGCGGCUCUGCUACGGAUCUCUGCGCCGGAUCACGGCAGGAUCUCAGUGCCAGCGGCAUUUCCACGGAUACGGGUCGCGAGCACGCUCUGCAGUUAAGUAGCUUUAGUGGCAGUGGCGAACACAAGGCGCCCUCGAUCAGUUCCGGAGUAUCUCAUGCUGUAGCCAACGGGCUCGGCGGAUUUGUUUACAAGCCGCACCAGACAAAGCGCUACUCCAACUCGUCCAUCUUUUUGGAGAACCGCGAUGUGCUGAGCGAUCAGACCAGCGUGGGUCCCGAUACUGCCGUACAUCCUUACGAUUACAGCACGCCGCCAAAGAUCGACUACCGUCACUCUGGUAUAAUGGGCGUGGAUUUGCCCAUUGGUUGCUGCACCACUGAUUGCUUAGGUGGUCAGCAGACGAAGGAAGAAAUUCGUCGCUACUCGGAUCCCAAGCUAAGUCCCGGCGAAGCGGAUACCGUGCUGGAUAUCGAUCUGCCCACAUCGCCACUAUCACCACCUGCCGCUUAUGCCAGCCAGCAAAAGCAGCGGGAUUCCCGUCAGCAUCCCCAUCCGCUUGUGAUCUCCUCCUCCUUUGACCGUGGAGUGGACGGGGUCAGUAGCAGCAAGAGCAGCAGGGCUUACGGUCCCUCGGACGCCCAGGUGGAUCGAUCACGGCUCAGUUUCAAGUCGUUGCCAAAUCUCAGCAGCAGCUGCGAAAGUCUCCUCCAGAAGUGAAUGGAAAAUCCUGCCCAACUGGUCUGAUGUGAUUCACUAUGAUCUGCGCGCUCUUUCUCCCCAACAGGCUCUGCUCUCAAGUAUUCACCGCUGGUCGACGGAGACCCCAAGAUCUACAUAGAAAGUAAAAUCGAAAUACUAUUUUUUAUACCGCACACCAAGGGGCUUCAAAAGCCAGAUCGUGGCCAGCGGCCCAGCAAUCCCUAUGUUCUCCACUUUAUAUAGCAAAACCCAUAAACAAUUUGAGACUGCAAUGAUUAAAACGAAACACAAAAAAGAUAACUUAAAAGAAAUGAAUAUUGUAACAUUUAGAACCAGGCAGUUUGAGUAUAUUGAUUUAGUGGCUAAAUCGAUGUAUAAUUUAUCCUGUAUUCGUGUACUGCUAUUAUUAUCCAGCCUCUUCGAUCCCAUACAUACAUAUAUGUAUGCCCACUAAGUUGUCCAUGCCAAAAAGCCCAGAAACCAACCAGAGACAGUAAUUAUUUAGUCCAUGUGUAGGAUGUGUUUUGUUUCUUAACUUCUAAGUCAAAUGAAAUUUUAAAAAAUUGAUCUGUGAUUAAGCGUCAUUGAAUAUACAUACAUAACGUGCAUAAAUGCAAGCAAAAAAAAAACAUUGACAGCAGCCGCAGCAGUAGAAAAUGCAGAAGAAAAUAUAAAAUACAUUUUUACUUAACAUCAAAUAAGAAAAAACCAACAACAGCAACAUGACAACCACUAAAAGCUUUUUCGCGGUUAACAGCGAAAGCUCCACGGAGCCGAGAAUACUGAGAUAUAUCCGUAUCUCAAAACCCAGCUGAGAAAUAUGAAUGAAAGCCGUUUUAGAUAUAGAUAUAGAAUUAACAGUAAAUACUUAUGAUCGCUACAAGUUACGAGCAUAAAACAACCAAUAUGAAAUCAGAAUGGGCAACUAAAUUUUUUAUUAUGUAUUAAAUAUUUAAAUAAAUAUGUGCAAACAAUUGAUUAAAUU